GCGUGGAAGGCCUCGACUUCUCACAUAUGCAGAAAACAACACCCUCAAGCUCAUGGUUCKUACAAAGCCUGAACUGUAUUUGGAUGAGUAUCAAACGUGGUUUGCSGAGCUGACAGGCAAAGUAGUCAGUAUUUCAACCUUGUGCAGGUCAAUUAUACGCCUUGGUUUUACUCAUAAGAAGCUCAAAAUAAUUGCCAUCCAACGUUCUGAUACAGAGAGAGCAAAUUACUGCAGGUUAAUUUCAGAAUUUCAAAGAGAAAUGCUCCUCUUUCUUGAUGAGUCAGCAAAAGAUAAGAGUAGAUUGCAGAGAAUCUGGGGUCAUUUCUAUCCUGACCACAAUGCAGAUUUUGUUGGCCAUUUCAUCAGACAAGACCGAUACAGUGUUUUAGCUGCCAUGGACAUAGAUGGUAUAGUUGCAACUCACACAAUUCCUGGUGCCUUUAGUACUCUUUAG